GGGCAAGGGGAGGCCAGGCUGGGUGCCAGGGGGCCGAGGGGGUCGACACAGAGAGAGAGAGAGAGAGAGAGAGAGAGAGAGAGAGAGAGAGAGAGAGAGAUGAAGUGGCACAGGAGGAGAAGUGGGAGGAGCGGAGGAGCGGAAGGAGCAGGAGUAACAGGGGGAAGAGCAGGAGAAGCAGCGGAAGGAGGAAGAGCUGGAGGAGCAGCAGGAGGGGCAGUGGAGAAGGAGAGGGAGGAGGAGCGCAAGGAGCGGCGGGAGGAAGAACGGGAAGACAAGCAGGAGAAGCAGCGGGAGGAGGAGGAGCAAGAGCGGGAAGAGCAGCGGGAGGGGGAGCGGGAGAAGGAGAGGGAGUGAGAAGAGGAAUGGGAAGACAAGCAGAAGCAGCGGGAGGAGGAGCAGGAGCGGUAGGAGCAGCAGGAGGGGGAGCGGGAGAAGCAGCGGGAGGACGCCGCAACCUGUGCA